CCUAUUUAUCAUAAGUAUUAUAAAUCUGGAGAUUUCAUAAUGGCUGGCAUUAUUUCUCACACUUACCAUUUUACAAGUCCUACUUCUUAUAAAAAACGCCCUUCUUCAGCAGUUUUGGGUGAUUUUGUGUAUUUCAGUGCCAGUGUAAUUUAUCUUGCUUCUAUGGAACUUCUGUCCACAAAAGACAAAUUCUUUCCAAAUUACAAAUGUGAUGCUCAAAAUAAUCUGGUAGCAGUCAUUGGGGGACCUAACUCUGAUGUCUGUCUCAACAUGGCAACAAUUCUCUGCAUGUACAAGAUCCCACAGCUCACAUAUGGCUCUGCUCUAUUGAUGGAGAAACAGACUGAAGGAGUUUUUUUUCAGCAGAUGUUCCCAAGUGUGGCACUCCAAUAUGAGGGUAUUCUAAGGUUAUUGCUAUAUUUCAACUGGAGAUGGGUUGGAGUGGUUUAUCUGAAUGAUGUUAAUGGAGAGAGAUUUGUCCAGGAAGUGCUCCCUACAUUCUCCAAAAGAGGCAUCUGCUUUGACAUCAUACAAAGAUUCCCUCAGCUAACUUUUUCUGUAUUUGCUGAUCAAAUGGUGAAGGAAGGUUUUGAAACAUUCUUGGGUAUCAUGAAAAGCUCUGCAAAUGUAUUGAUUGUACAUGGUGAAAUCCAGACCAUCAUUAUUUUGAGAAUGGUACUUCAUUUCUCGGAAUUUGAGAAUAUACCAAUGGUAACUAAGGUCUGGAUUAUGACAGCUCAAAUGGAUUUCACAUCAAUUCCCUUUCAAAAUGAUUGGAAUUUAGAUUUCAUCCAUGGUGCUGUGUCACUUGCAAUGCACAAAAAGGAACUGUCUGGCUUCCAGAACUUUGUCCAUGACCAAAAUCCUAAAGGGAAAAGAGAAGAUGGUUUCAUUAAAGCUUUUUGGGAACAAGCUUUUAAUUGUGUGUUCCCUGUUUCUCUGGCAGACCAAGAAGAAAGCACAAUCUGCACUGGGGAAGAAAAAUUAGACUCUCUUCCUGCAUCUGUUUUUGAAACAAGCCUGACUGCUCACAGCUACAGCAUCCACAAUGCUAUCCAUGCUGUGGCUCAUGCUCUGCAUGUUAUGCAUUCAACCAAGUCCAUGUUAAGAUCAAGAAGAAAUGGGGGGAUAUGGAAGCUUCUGAAUAAGUCAAUGUGGCAGUUGCACCAUUACUUGAGAAGUGUUUCAUUUAACAACUCUGCUGGUAAAAAGGUUUCUUUUGAUGAAAAUGGUUCAUUAAUUGCAGGAUUUGACAUUGUAAAUUGGGUCACUUUCCCAAACCAAUCCUUUCAGAAAGUAAAAAUUGGUGAAAUAGAACCAUCAGCUUGUUCUUUAAAAAUGUUAAACAUUUAUGGAGAUGAUAUUGAAUGGCCACGUAGAUUCAACCAGACAUGCCCCCUUUCUCUCUGUAAUGACAAAUGUCAUGGAGGCACCAGUAAGACAAAGAUAGAAGGGAAGCCAAACUGUUGCUACAAUUGCCUUCCAUGUCCUGAAGGGAAAAUUUCAAACCAGACAGAUAUGGAUGACUGUAUCCAGUGUCCAGAGGAUAAAUAUCCAAACUAUGACCAAGAUGCAUGUCUUCCAAAAGAUAUAAGCUUCUUAUCUUAUGAAGAAUCUUUAGGGAUCAGUUUGGCCAUAUUUGCUCUUUCCUUCUCUUUCAUUACAGCUGUGGUGCUUAAAAUCUUCCUCAAGCACCAGAAUACUCCCAUUGUGAAGGCCAAUAACCGGAACCUUACCUAUACUCUCCUUGUGUCUCUCUUCCUGUGCUUCCUUUGUACUUUGCUAUUCAUUGGGCGACCUGAGAAGAUACCAUGCUUCUUCCGCCAAACAGCUUUUGGAAUCAUCUUUACAGUGGCGGUUUCUUGUGUAUUAGCCAAAACCAUCAUUGUGGUUCUGUCCUUCAUGGCCACCAAGCCAGGAUCCCAAAUGAGAAAAUGGGUGGGGAAAGGACUAGCAACCUCCAUUGUUCUUGCUAGCUCUUUUAUUCAAGCCUCUAUUUGUACUGUGUGGUUGGUGACCUCACCUCCAUUCCCAGAUUUUGAUAUUCACUCAAUAACUGAAAAAAUUAUUCUGGAAUGUAAUGAAGGUUCUGCUAUCAUGUUUUAUUGUGUAUUGGCUUUUAUGGGUAUUUUGGCUGUUAUCUGUUUUACUCUUGCUUUCCUGGCCAGAAAAUUGCCUAACAGUUUUAAUGAAGCCAAGUUUAUCACUUUCAGCAUGUUGUUAUUUUGUGCUGUUUGGUUGUCCUUUGUUCCAACCUAUUUAUGCACCAAGGGGAAGUACAUGGUAGCUGUGGAGAUCUUCUCCAUCUUGGCCUCUGGUGCUGGUUUAUUGAUCUGUAUCUUUUCUCCCAAAUGCUAUAUAAUUGUUUUAAGGCCUGAGUUAAAUAGCAAGCAACAUCUGAUGAGACGAAAGAAUUAA